AGAAGCUAGCUAGCUAGAGAUGUUUGGACUGAUAGCGGCCGGGGUAGUGGUGCUGCUGGUGGGAUACUGCACAUGGGUGCUCUUCUUCAACCUGGACCAGGAGACUGGCACUGAUCUAUCAGAUUUCAUCAGAGACACACCAGAUGAGGAGCUGGUUAGUCCACAACAGAGCAAUGCUCUGAGCAAGUACUGCACCAAGUACGAGGAGCCUGGCAAACAGAUACUCAUCCUGUACGGCACAGAGUAUGGCUUCAGUGAGGAGAUAGCUCGGAAACUAUUUGACAAGGCAGAUGAGGAGAGUUAUCAAGAGCUCUCUUGGCAGCCGAGAGUUAUGAACUCUAAGGACUUUGAGAACAUUGAUUUCAGUAAAGAGCAAGCUUUGCUGUGUGUAUUUUCUACAACUGGAGAUGGUGUUCCUCCGACUGACUGUCUUGGUUUCUUCGAGCAUAUCAGUUCGAAGGACGCUCCAGACCUCUCCCACACCCACUACACUGUACUGGCACUGGGGGAUUACAAUUACCCUCACUUCUGUAAGACUGGAAAGCAACUGGAAACAAGGUUGUCCUCCCUUGGCUCGCAGCCUCUGCAGGCUAGAGUGGAUAUAGACCUCGAGGACUGGCCCACAAUCAAUGGCUGGAUGGAUGGGGCUUUGGAGGCACUAGGACAAUUGGACCUGAGCUCUGCUACUGACUAUCUGGACCUCUCUGUGAUUGAGGAGGAGACUGGGCACUCUAGAACACGGCCAUUCAUGGCUGAGAUGACUGUGAAGUACAGUCUAACACAAAUGGAUUCGUCCAAUGACAAAGAGACACUACACACAGAGUUUAACCUCAAGGGCAGUGAACUAGAGUACACCUCUGGAGAUGCUCUCGGCAUAUACCCACUAAACAACCCCCCUGAAGUGGAGAAUCUGAUCAACGCCCUGCACUCUACAGCUGAGACCCAGAUCCCAGUUCCCUUGUUCUGCUAUAGUCCCAAGCCAGAGGGAGACAAGGUGUCGCUGAGAGAUGCGCUCAUGAAGUAUUACGACCUCAAAACUGUCAAGAUGGAUCUCAUGAAGAUGCUAGUGGGGAGCGUGGUCGAUAAAAAGGAGAAAGAGAAAGGAGAGGCGUUGCUGAAAGAUGGGCUCUCCAAGAAGAACAAGUCGUUAGCUGGCUACCUCUCUGAGUGUGAGGUGUUGGAUGUGCUGAGCGCCUUCUCCUCUUUCCAGUGCUCAGUGGAGGAGCUCAUCUCUCAACUGAGGCCCCUCCAACCUCGCUACUACUCCAUAGCUUCAUCACCCAAGAAAGAUGCUAAUGUGGCGUGUGUGUGUGCUGCAGUGGUGAGGUACACCCUCCAAGCCACACCCAGAACAGGGGUGUGUACCACUUUCAUUCAGGACCGGUUCUCGGUGGGGGAGAAAUGUCCUGUGUUCAUCAGUCGCAACCCAGACUUCAGAUUGCCACUCAGCGGGGACGUCCCUGCAAUUAUGAUAGGGCCAGGAACUGGAAUUGCUCCGUUUAGAGCAUUCAUUCAGGAAAGAUUGUUGAGUGAGUGCAAGAGUAAGAGUGUUCUCUACUUUGGUUGCCGACACAAAGACAAGGACUUCCUCUACAAGAAUGAACUGGAGAAGUUGGCAUCUGAGAAGCUUCUUGUGUUGAGGACAGCUUUCUCCCGAGACCAGACUAACAAGGUGUACGUGCAGGACCUCAUCAGAGAGGACGCGGAAAUGCUCUGGACACUCAUGGAGGAGGGUGCCCACAUCUACGUGUGUGGUGAUGCAGUGCACAUGGCGGGGGAUGUACAUGAGGCUCUCCUGGGAGUGAUGAAGGAGAGGGGUGGUCUGAGUACAGAGGAGGCAGAACAAUACAUGGAGAAGCUGGAGAAGGCCGCUAGGUACCAGAGGGACGUCUGGGUCACAUGAUGUCUCACAUGACAUGGCAGUGACGAAAUAAUACAAACUUCAGUGUAUAUAGACUAUAUAUAGACAAUACUAAUUACAGUGGAACCCCUCUAUAAAUGGACAACUUUAAUUUGGGAACAAUGUGUUGGCCAUUAUACAAAGGCCACCUUUGUUGAGGGGUUGUUUUUGUACACAAACUGUUCUGUAUUCCUAUAUUUUUAGAUUUACCAGUUAUGUUCAAAAUGAAUGUAAAAAAUUAUACAACACUGUUAAUGUUCUAUUUUU